UCGUUCACAUAUCUUUUUAUUGUUCGAAAACUGCCCAAAACCUCCAAAAAACACACAUUUGGAGAUCCUGUAUACAAACACAAACAAGAAGAAGCAACAAAAACAAUUUUAUUAAUUAUAUUGUGUUCUUUAAUUGGUUUCAAGAAACAGAAAAAUGAAGGGUGAUCAUAGUUUAGAGUUGCCACCAGGAUUCCGAUUCCACCCAACUGAUGAUGAAUUAGUUAUGCAUUACUUAUGUCGAAAAUGCGCUUCUCAACCCAUUUCUGUUCCUAUUAUUGCCGAAAUCGAUCUUUAUAAAUUCGAUCCUUGGCAACUUCCAGAUAUGGCUCUAUAUGGUGAAAAAGAAUGGUAUUUUUUUUCGCCUAGAGAUAGAAAGUAUCCGAAUGGAAGUAGACCGAAUAGAGCGGCUGGAACCGGAUACUGGAAGGCAACCGGAGCCGAUAAACCAAUUGGAAAACCAAAACCGGUUGGGAUUAAAAAGGCGUUGGUGUUUUAUGCCGGAAAAGCACCAAAAGGGGUUAAAACUAAUUGGAUUAUGCACGAAUAUCGUCUUGCCAACGUUGACCGAUCUGCCGGCAAGCGAAACAAUAAUCUCAGGUUGGAUGAUUGGGUAUUAUGUCGAAUAUACAAUAAAAAAGGUACACUAGAGAAGCACUAUGUGGCAGAAAAUCAUGAAAAUCAAUUUUCGGAAAUGGAAAUCGAGACGAAACCAAAAAUUUCACCUUACACGCGUAAUAAACAGCAGGUUGUACAACAUCCACAGGCAUCAUCGGUGCCUCCUCAUGUAAUGAACGAUGUAUUUCAUUUCGACCCAUCUGAAUCGGUACCGACUUUACACACGGAUUCGAGCCCAGAACACGAAAGAGAAGUGGAAAGUGACGCGAAAACGAAUGAUUACCAACAACAGUUUAAUUACAUUGACCCGUUUCCGGAUGAUGAUUUUACCCCACAAUCAUCGCAGUAUUAUAGUGACUUUCAACUUUCGCCUUUACAAGACAUGUUUAACAUGUACACGCCAAAGCCUUUUCAAAUGUAAGAAGAUCCUUGUACGGAAGUGAUUAGUUGGUUAAGCACAAAAAAAAGUACAUAAUGGGAAGGAAAAUGAUAUGUACAUCACAACAACUUUUGACCGUAUCGGACAGAUGUAUAUACAUUAUGCAGUAUACGCUCUGUAUAUACAAAAUUUGUUUGUGUAUAUGUCAACAAGAAUUCAAGAUAUGGAAUGGGUUGAGCCUCCUAUGUUAUAAAGCAUCUAUUUAGAUAACGAGUUGAAAUGGGCCAAUUCUUGAAGUUGGACACGAGUUGAAUAUAUAGUGAAAUGGGAACAACUUUUUGUGGGCAAAGGAGCAAGUUGUAUGAAGUAUAAAUGGUUCAUAUUUGGGGGUUGAUAUGAUAGAGUUGUAGCUAGUAGUAGGGUGGGCAAAUUGCCGUUAGAUGCAAGAAUUAUUAAUAGUGUAAUGAUUUGCCUAAUGUUAGCACACAUUCAAUUCCUUUUUAGAUUUGUAAUAUUUCGAUGAAGAAGGGAAAUGAAAUAUAAAUGUGUUGGGUUUUUUA